AUGGUGAAUUACCAGCUCGCCGAAGAUGCUAUCGACGCCAGAGCGCAGUCCUUGCAGCAGCUCGGCCGAUUUCUUUGGGAGAACCCCGAGCUGGGCUUCGAAGAGGUCAAGGCCCACGACUACCUCGCCCACUACUUGGAGUCCCAGGGAUUUCAUGUUUCCAGACACUACAUCCUGCCCACCGCUUUCCGGGCCGAAUGGGGUGGCCCAGGUCCCGUGGUGGCGCUGUUGUGCGAGUACGACGCUCUGCCUAACAUGGGCCACGCUUGUGGGCACAACCUGAUCGCCGAAGUGUCGGUCGCGGCAGCCGUUGGCGUCAAAGCUGCCCUGGACUCGCUGGGACCGACUAAACAUGGAAAGGUGGUGGUGCUCGGGACGCCUGCCGAAGAGACCGGGAGCGGCAAGCAGCCCCUGAUCGAGGCCGGGGCUCUGAGGGACGUGGACGCUGCACUCAUGGCUCACACGGGGAGCCGCAACGGGCUGCGCUUUCGCUCCAUCGCCGUCUCCAAGCUCCAUGUGGUCUACAAGGGACGGGCGGCGCACGCCGGACAGGUCCCGUGGGACGGAGUGAACGCCCUGGACGCUGCCGUGAGCGCCUACGUCAACGUGUCUGUGCUGCGGCAGCAGAUGAAGCCAACUGCGCGGGUCCACGGUGUGAUCACGGAGGGCGGCGUGUCGCCCAACGUCAUCCCCGAGAGGACGGUGCUGGACUACUCUGUCCGGGCGCCCACCACCGAGGACGUGCUGGAGCUCAAGCCCAGGGUCGAGGCGUGCUUUAGGGCCGCGGCCGAAGGCUCCGGCUGCUCCGUGAGCACCACCGUUCCGUCGCCCAUGGUCAAGCACCUGGUCACCAACGAGUUCAUGGUCCAGGUCUACAGAAACCACGCCGAGGAGCUCGGAUUCGUGUUCGAGGAUGCCACUUCCAGCCGCAACGAGCCCAUGGGCGCUUCGACGGACGCCGGCAACGUGUCGCACGAGGUGCCGCUGAUCCACCCGUCCUUCGACAUCGGCACGGCCGCCAUAAACCACACGCCCGCCUUCGCAGAAGCCGCAGCCACAGAGGCCGCCCACCAGGCGACGCUCGUUGCCGGCAAGGCCCUGGCUCGAACCGUGCUGGACGUGCUGGAUGACGCCCAGCUGCUGCAGUCCAUGAAGAACGAGCACAACGCCACUUUCCCGGACGGCCAUUUUUCUCGAAGGGGAAGAAUCCUUUCCUGA